GCCCGCCCCGCGCCCGCCACGCACCGCGCCGCGCCCGCACCGCGGCGAGCGAUGCCCGCCGACACGGGCAUGGAGAAGCCCACCGCCUCGCCCAUCGCGGGCGCGCCGGCCAGCGCCAGCCACACGCCGGACAAGCCGCGGAGCGCCAGCGAGCACCGCAAGGUAAAUGGCGAGCGGCGGCCCGGGCGCGGCGGCGGCGGCGGCGGCGCUGGAUGGCGGCGAGCCCGCGGCCGUGCUGAGUCCUCCAAGCCCAUCAUGGAGAAGCGGCGCCGGGCGAGGAUCAACGAGAGCCUGGGGCAGCUCAAGACGCUCAUCCUGGACGCACUGAAGAAGGAUAGCUCGCGGCACUCCAAGCUGGAGAAGGCGGACAUCCUGGAGAUGACGGUGAAGCACCUGCGGAACCUGCAGCGGGCGCAGAUGACAGCCGCCCUCAGCGCUGACCCCAGCGUCCUCGGCAAGUACCGGGCUGGAUUUAACGAGUGCAUGAACGAGGUGACCCGGUUCCUGUCCACCUGCGAAGGGGUGAACACCGACGUGCGCACCCGCCUCCUCAGUCACCUCUCCGCUUGCCUGGGCCAGAUCGUGGCGAUGAACUACCCGCCGCCGCCGGCCGGCCAGCCCGCACAUCUGGCGCAGCCUCUGCACGUCCAGCUCCCGCCCGCCGCAGCUGGAGCGAUGCCGGUGCCCUGCAAAAUGAACCCUGCUGAAGCCCUGUCCCCCAAGGUCUACGGAGGCUUUCAGCUGGUCCCUGCUACCGACGGCCAGUUCGCUUUCCUCAUCCCCAACCCGGCCUUUCCUCCCAACUCCGGACCUGUUAUCCCCCUGUAUGCCAACGCCAACGUCCCGGCGUCCGCGGGCAGCAACACGGCAGCCACCCCGUCGGCGUCCCCGGUACAGGGGUUGACAUCAUUUGGGGGCAGCGUUGUCCCGGCGUCCCAAGCGGGGAGUCCUGUCGGAGAGCGCAGCGGAUCGGUCUGGAGGCCUUGGUGACUUGCCUAAAGCAAUUCCCCCAAAAACUCAUCUGUUGGCUCCGUUGUAUGGAGCCCCAUUAUGUUUUCUUUCUUUUUUUUUUUUUUUUUAAGCAGAUUUAAACAGAAAGGAAAGACCUCAUUAUGAACAAUCUAUUUAUUAUUUUCAGAGGUUGGGAUAUCAACUUGUAUUUUUACUCCUUUAAAAUACCUUUAUUUGAGAUACUUUUUUAAAAAAAUAAAUGAAAAAUAGUUUUGUAACAAAUAUUCAAAGUAUAAUGCCAAAGUUGUUUGUAUCUUGUCUGUGUGUGUGCGCCUGUUUAAAUUCCCCCCCAACCCUACUCCCAAAGUUGCAGGUGUUUAAAUAAAUUCUUUGAAAUAGA